CCUAUCUACUCCAGCCCACAAACCUGCAAAAACACACAGACACACGAACACACACAAAGCGGAAGUCUUUCUCUCAGUGUCUUCCCCUCCCAUCUGAGGACAACCGUACCUCUCAGUGUGACAGAACCGCCAAGAUGUCUGUUGAAGCUGACAAGGAUGAGGAGGGGGAUUCUGGGCCAGGAGUUGUAAUCUUAGAGACCAACCGCUUUGGGUUCAUUGUAGGUAAUGGAGAGACUGACAGUGAUGCUCCUUGUCCUGAGUUAGUGAGACAUCGAGAGACAAAGUGGCUCGGCCUCAUUAAACAAUGGGAGCAAGUGAUGGAGAAAAAGAACAACAAGGUCAAAGGUCAAUGUCAGAAGGGCAUUCCAGCAUCCGUCAGGGCUAAGUGCUGGCCACUGCUCUGUGGUGCUAUGGACAGAAAGAAACAAAAUGAAAAGCUCUAUGAAGGUCUGAUUGAAGCUCCAGAUCAUCAGGGAUGGACAGAUAUCAUCAAAAGAGACACAGACAGACAGUUCCCCUUCCAUGAGAUGUUCCAGUCCAAAGAUGGCCAUGGUCAGAAGGAUUUGCUGCAGGUUUUGAAAGCGUACACGCAGUAUAAACCAGACGAGGGCUACUGUCAGGCACAAGGACCUGUGGCAGCUGUAUUGCUCAUGAAUAUGCCUGCUGAGGAGGCAUUUUGGUGUUUGGCACAGAUUAGUGAGCAUUACCUUCCUGGCUACUACAGCCCUCUGCUGGAAGGUGUUUUAUUCGAUGCUGCUGUUCUCUCAAAUGUGUUAAAAAAACUGUGUCCAGCUGCACAUAAACACUUACAGAAUCAGGGGGUGGAGCCUCUCAUGUUUGCCACUGAUUGGCUGAUGUGCUUGUACAGCCGCCACUUGCCUUUCAAUACUCUGCUCCGAGUCUGGGAUCUCUUCUUCUGCUAUGGUGUGCGUGUGUUAUUUCAAGUGGCCGUGGUGCUGGUGCGGCGAUGUCUCGGAGAAGGACGACAUCGAAAAGAAUGUGAUGGACAGAUGGAAACCCUGGAGCGUCUGCGUGGUGUUAAACAGCGUGUCCAAAAUGAUCAGACUGACGCAUUCAUUCAUGAGGUAUGUUCUGUGGCACUGUCCUCGGCAGACCUGCUAAAACAAACUGAGAAAGAGAUGGAGAAAUGGAAGAAAGAAAGACCAGGAUCGACCUUUGACCCUCGAGGCCGCUGUCACGGAUACCGCAUGGCAUGGGAAAGAGUGCAGAACAAACAGAAGGAAAACGAAAAGAAAGAAAAACAAAAAGGCAGCCUGACUCUUCCUCUGAUGCGUUCACACUCAUCUCUUUCUCCACAUAUUCUGCGAAAGAAGUUCAGAAAGAGAGGAAGCAGAAGUGACGCUGAGGAAUGGGACGGAGGGGGGAGAAAAGUCUCACAAAGCAUGAUGGAAGAGAGCGAUGAUGGAGAGAUAAGGAGGAGAAGUGUGUGCGGUGUCGCUGGAGAGCAAAGGGCCAAGCAGGACAGACUAGCGGAAUUCAACACAAACAAACAGAAAGACCAUAGCACUCAUGUAAACAUCACAUUUGAGGGGGACGUUUUCGAGGAAGGCCAUGAAGAAACAGCGUGCAUGUCACAUGUGCAAAGUGUGACAGAGAGAGACUCUAGACAGGGGGAUGCGCACAAAGAUAAUCAUCAAGAAAAUAUAGAGAGAUCAUUAAACCAACAAAAGUAUAAUUCACCAGCAGGACAAGAGAAAUGUGAUUCAGAAAGAACUGGUGGGGAGGAGAGCAAAGAGACACAUCAUCAUGAACAGAAUGUAGAAAGACAGACAUGUAAAGAUGAACAGAUAUCAGAAAGUGAGACAUGUCAAGACAGACAGAUAUCAGAAAGUGAGACAUGUCAAGACAGACAGAUAUCAGAAAGUGGGACCUGUCAAGAAAGACACAAAUCAGAAAGUGAGACAUUUCAAAAUGAAUCAAGAUCAGAAAGUGAGACAUGUAAAGAUGAAACUAAAUCAGAAAGUGAGACAUGUCAAGAUGGACAGAAAGUAGAAAGUGAGACAUCUCAAGAAAGACAGAAAUUAGAAAGUGAGACAUGUCAAGAUGAAACGAGAUCAGAAAGUGAGACAUGUCAAGAUGGACAGAAAGUAGAAAGUGAGACACGUCAAGAUGGACCGAAAGUAGUAAGUGAGACUUCUGAAGAAAGACAGAAAUCAGAAAGUGACACAUGUCAAGAUGGACAAAAAUCUGAAAGUGAGACAUGUCAAGAUGGACAGAAAUUAGUAAGUGAGACAUGUCAAGAUGAAACGAGAUCAGAAAGUGAGACUUGUCAAGAUGGACAGAAAGCAGAAAGUGAGACAUGUCAAGAUGGACAGAAAGUAGAAAGUGAGACAUCUGAAGAAAGACAGAAAUCAGAAAAUGAGACAUGUCAAGAUGGACAGAAUGUAGAAAGUGAGACAUGUCAAGAUGGACAAAAAGCAGAAAGUGAGACAUGUCAAGAUGGACAGAAUGUAGAAAGUGAGACAUCUGAAGAGAAACUGAAAUUAGAAAGUGAGACAUGUCAAGACGAAACGAGAUCAGAAAGUGAGACAUGUCAAGAUGAAACGAGAUCAGAAAGUGAGACAUCUGAAGAUAGACAGAAAUCAGAAAGUGAGACAUCUGAAGAGAGACAGAAAUCAGAAAGUGAGACAUCUGAAGAGAGACAGAAAUUAGAAAGUGAGACAUGUCAAGACGAAACGAGAUCAGAAAGUGAGACAUCUGAAGAGAGACAGAAAUCAGAAAGUGAGGCUAAUCAAAAAGACGAACAGAACAUAGAAGAGCAAGGAGACCAAGAUAAACAGAAUGUGGAAAUUCAGAUCAUUUCGGGAUCAUAUGAUCCACAGGAAGAACACCUACAGACCAACUCUGGUAAACAGGAAGAGGAAAUGCAGUCAGAGAGCAACUCUCAGAGAGGUGAAAUACAAACCGGGGGCUGUAAACGGAACAAAGAUGAGAUAGAUGCUUUGCAAAAAGUCAUAACAGCCGAAGACAACCAUAAAGAUGAGGAAAUCAUACAAACCCAGGAAACCCCCCUAGUGACAGAAGAACAAACACACGUUGACCAAGAACACUUGAGGUUUCAUUUGCACGGAGGCCAACACGAAGAAAACAUACAAUCAGAAAGACGAGAAGAACACAAGGAGACUGGUGCUCAGCAAGACGUGUUCAGUGAUGUAGGGAUUAAAGAAGAUGAUGAUAAAGAAAGUGAGAAAAAUAGAGAAACAAGUCAAGAUGAGAGAGAUGGUGAGGAUCAUAAAGCUGACAAAAUGAUGCAAACAUCUGAAGCAAUGCUAACAUCAUCCACUGAUCCUGAAUCAGAAGGUGAGAGUCAAUUUCAUCCAGAUGGAUCGGUCACUCAUCCUGUACAGCCCAGUGACACGGAUCACAAUGAUCUUGAUAUUAUUGUUACGUCCAGCGAGUCAGAACACACUCAAAUGGAUACCAAAGAAGCAGAAAUCACAUUGGGUGCUACCAGAGGUGACAACAUCCCCAAUUCUCAGGGGGAGGAUGAAACAGCACCAUCUAUAAACUCUGGAGACGGUGAUAUGGAUAUAGCAGAUGUAGCCACAAAAAAUAAUGAAACAAGCAAACCAUCUACUAAAGAAUCAAGCCACCUUGAAAACAAGCGGAGAGGACGAUUCUUGUUUUUCCGACAACCCAGAAAGCAAUAAACCCACUGGAUCUCAACUUGAAAACCCAGGAGACAAGGAGCAAUCUAAAGAUGAGACUAGCAACAAUGUGCACGUUACAACAAAAUCGGGUCAUCCUGAGAGCAACGCAGUGAAUUCUGUUGAUGGAUCUGGCAACCCAGAUGAUUCAGCUGGAUCUGGCAACCCAGAUGAUUCAGCUGGAUCUGGCAACCAUCGUAACAGCGCAGGUGCAAAACGACCCAACAGUCAGGAGUCAGAGCCCCCCUCUUCAAUGACACCUUCCAAAACCCCAAACAUCCCACCAGCUCAACUCUGUUUGCGCAGAACUUCCAGCUCACGGGUGUGCUAUCCCACAAUCCUCUCUGAGGACACCUUUAAAGUGCCAAAAGAGAUGAGCACUGAUCACACACACACUGCAAAGGAGACAAACGCAUCCAAGUCAGACGGGUCACCUCCACCCACAUGUCAGCCUGAAAUAAACAACUCAUCCAAGCCAGAAAACACACACGAGACACACGCUCAGACUAAAUCCGACUCGGAGACAAAAACGAGUGCUCCCAAACGCCUGGGUCUUUUCCGCCGCCUUCGAGGGGACGCCAAUAAAACCCCAGUCCCAAAAAUCCUCAUUCAAGACUUUAGCGAGAAAGAGGAGCGUAUGACCUCGAAAGAAAGGAGACGGCGCAAGAGAGAGAAGGAGAGAAUAGAAAAGGAAGAGAAAGAGAGAAAGAAACGAGAGAAAGAAAUGGAAAAGGACAAAGAAAGAGAAAGGAAAAAGCCUCAGACGAGAGGGAAGAGUUUCCAGGUGCUCAGCAAGAAGUGUCCCGAUAAUGAAGUGACCGCCCGGAGCGGUGACGACUCUCAGAUGCAUCGCUCCAGGAGAAAUUCUGCUCCUUUCUCAGAUAGUUAUUUUUAAAUAACAAGAGACAAUUAAAUAUCAGUGUCCAGCAGUGGGACUGUUGGGUUUUAAUGAGAAAUCGGUGCAAUGAUUUAACAUGGCUUGUUAUUUUCACUGCUUUGGUUUAAAACCAUUAUUAUUUUAAUAGAAAAAUAAAAACAGGAAGACUUCAAUGUUUUUAACAGUCGUUGGUUAUGGGAGUUUCCA